GCCAUUAUCGUGUUUCGUUGCGUAUCGAUUUUGAGUUUAGCGAUCGUGAUACGGAAUCCUUGCAGAUCGAUUGAUACGCGCGGUCUCUUUCGAUCGAAGGAAUAAACAUUUAAUUAUACAAAAAAAUAAAUGUUGCUGUUUACCUUAUGAGGAAAUAAUUAAGGUGAAAGAAAUGGACCUAUACGAUGCUAUUUGAUGAUUACGGAAAGAAAAAAACGAAAGUCAGUCCAAUAAUAAUCAGUUGGACAUGGUGGAGAAAUGGUUGAAACCAAAGGGGACUGCAACUGAAGAACUCUAGUGAUUAAAAAUGUAUCUUACCAAUUUGUUAUUAACAGUGGCACUAGCCCUUCUGGUUGUGAGUGGUGGACCAGCGUGGAACAAAUCGAACGCGGUAACGAGGGCACCGGCCCUAAAAAUUGGUUCCGGGUCGUCGCGAAACGCGUCUCUCGGCCGCGGAAACGGUUUACGAAUUGGUUCCUCCAGGUCCGGAAGAACAACGACCACAACACCUGCCCCUGUAAUCAAUCCGACAACCUCCACCAAUCAAAAAAUACUCCAGCUGGGUUUGGUGGUGCCCCAGAAAUCGUUUGGUGUUCGAGAAUACACCAAAGCGGUCAACAACGCGAAGCUGUCACUCUCUAGGAAACUACCGUCCCUCUUCAAAAAGUACGACCUACAAGUCAGGAUUGUGAUGAAAGAAUUGACCCCAAGUCCGAAAGCAAUAUUGAAGUCAUUGUGUCAAGAUUUCCUUUCUGUGAACGUGUCUGCAAUUCUGUACCUCAUGAAUUACGAACAGUACGGACGAAGUACUGCAUCGGCUCAAUAUUUCCUGCAGCUCGCGGGCUACUUGGGCAUUCCGGUGAUAGCGUGGAAUGCCGAUAAUUCAGGCCUAGAGAGAAGGGCAUCUCAAUCAUCCCUGCAACUGCAGCUUGCUCCAUCGCUGGAACAUCAGACUGCCGCUAUGCUGAGUAUUCUCGAACGGUACAAAUGGCACCAGUUUUCAGUUGUUACAAGUCCUAUCGCUGGUCACGACGACUUCAUUCAAGCGGUUAGGGAAAGGGUGUCUGCCAUGCAGGAUCGGUUCAAAUUUACAAUACUGAAUGCAGUUCUGGUGGCUAAGAACGGAGAUCUGGCCGCUUUGGUUGAUUCAGAAGCGCGAGUUAUGUUGUUGUACUGUACUCGUGAAGAGGCGAAAGAAAUUCUCAAAGCCGCUCGGGAAUUCCAUUUGACUGGAGAGAACUAUGUUUGGGUUGUCACCCAGAGUGUUAUCGAAAACCCACAGUCGGCAUCCGGCCAAUUCCCUGUUGGUAUGCUAGGUGUACAUUUUGACACAACUAGCGCAUCUCUUGUCAACGAAAUCACCACGGCAAUAAAAGUGUAUGCUUACGGAGUUGAAGGUUUUAUCAAUGACCAGAAGACCGAUAACUGGUCACUUAACACACAGUUAUCCUGCGACGGUCCUGGAGUUGCUCGAUGGGACACCGGAGACAGAUUUUUUCGCCACUUAAGAAACGUGACCAUCGAAUCGGAACUGAUGGGAAAGCCACCCAUAGAAUUUACCCCAGACGGGGUUCUAAAAGCGGCCGAGUUGAAAAUUAUGAACUUACGACCUGGAGUCAGCAAACAACUGGUCUGGGAAGAGAUAGGGGUCUGGAAAUCGUGGGAAUCUGAAGGAUUAGACAUAAAAGACAUUGUUUGGCCCGGAAACAGCCACACGCCUCCCCAGGGAGUGCCCGAAAAAUUCCAUUUGAAAAUCACAUUUUUGGAAGAGCCACCUUACAUUCUUCUGACCCCUCCUGAUCCUGUCAGCGGCAAAUGCUCCAUGGAUCGGGGUGUUCUUUGUAGGGUAGCCACAGACGCUGUUAUGGCCGAGGUCAACAUAAGUCAAGUUCACCGUAAUGGAAGUUUCUACCAGUGUUGUUCCGGUUUCUGCAUCGAUCUGCUGGAAAAGUUUUCCGAAGAAUUAGGAUUUACGUACGAAUUAGUUCGUGUCGAAGACGGUAAAUGGGGUGUCAAUGAAAACGGAAAAUGGAAUGGACUCAUUGCUGAUUUAGCUAAUAGAAAGACGGACAUGGUCAUGACAUCGCUGACUAUCAAUGCUGAACGAGAGGCAGCGGUGGACUUUAGUGUCCCUUUUAUGGAAACCGGGAUAGCAAUCUUGGUGGCAAAGAGAACAGGAAUAAUAUCACCUACAGCUUUCCUCGAGCCAUUUGAUACCGCGUCGUGGAUGCUCGUGGGAGUUGUUGCAAUUCAGGCAGCAACAUUUACAAUAUUUCUAUUCGAAUGGCUGUCACCAAGCGGCUUCAAUAUGAGACUGUCUCUUAACCAAGGAUCGACAACACCUCAUCGAUUUUCAUUGUUUCGAACGUAUUGGCUUGUUUGGGCGGUAUUAUUUCAAGCUGCAGUUCACGUCGAUUCACCGCGGGGAUUUACCGCUCGUUUUAUGACCAACGUCUGGGCCCUUUUCGCCGUCGUCUUCCUUGCCAUCUACACUGCCAAUCUCGCGGCUUUCAUGAUUACCAGAGAAGAAUAUUUUGAAUUUAAAGGUUUAGAUGAUCCUCGCCUUUCCAGGCCGUUUUCUAAUAAGCCGAUGUUCAAAUUUGGAACCAUCCCGUGGUCCCACAGUGACUCGACAAUUGCCAAAUACUUUCCCAUCAUGCAUCACUACAUGCAAGAGUUCAAUAAGACGAGUGUUGAAGAAGGAGUAGAAGCGGUGCUGUCCAGUGAUUUAGACGCCUUCAUCUACGACGGCACCGUUUUGGACUAUCUUACGGUUCAAGAUGAAGAUUGUCGACUGCUAACAGUUGGAUCAUGGUACGCAAUGACAGGCUACGGCUUGGCGUUUCCCCGCAAUUCAAAAUACUUGAAAAUGUUCAACAAAAAACUGCUCGAUUUUCGAGAGAACGGUGAUCUUGAAAGAUUACGGCGUUACUGGAUGACAGGAACAUGUAAGCCUGGCAAACAGGAGCAUAAGAGUUCCGAUCCAUUGGCUCUGGAACAAUUCUUGUCGGCGUUUCUUCUGCUGAUGGCCGGAAUUUUAUUGGCGGCUUUGCUCUUAUUGCUCGAGCACCUCUAUUUCAAAUACGUCCGUAAACAUUUAGCGAAAACAGAUAAGGGAGGCUGUUGCGCCCUUAUAAGUCUAUCGAUGGGAAAAAGUUUGACCUUCAGGGGUGCCGUUUUCGAAGCUCAGGACAUUCUAAGGCUACAUCGGUGUCGGGAUCCCAUUUGCGACACGCACCUUUGGAAAGUGAAGCGCGACCUCGAUAUCUCCCAAAUGCGAUGUAAACAGCUGGAAAAGGAAUUGGAAUCCCAUGGGAUAAAACCGCCGCCUCCUGAAAGACAGCACCGUCGUCGUAACCGUAACAACACUUGUCUUUCGUCCUGUUUGUCACCCUCGUCCGAAGCAAACGAGGUCAUCCUAGCAGGGGAAGGAAUAAAAGCAAGACUUAAAAGCCUUAACUUCAACCACCAGACUGGUAGUAAUUCCGACAUUUUUAGUCCAAAAACGGAGAUAGCAGAAAUGGAAACUGUUCUGUGAUGGAAUGUUUAUUCUGUAAGGGUUAACACCAAUUGUUUUAGCAGUGUUGCUCAUAAAAAGGCCAAAACGCGGAUUCAUCCUUAUGAUUAUGGUGCACUUUAUUACGUAGUGACUCAACCUGAAACCGAUAAAAUCUAGUAAAGUCCCUUUGACACUCGUCAUCACUAAUAUAGGUUCCUACCUUUAGAUAAAAUAUGUCUAAUAGGUACAAAAAUGCAGUUGGACGCUACGAAGGCAAUCAACGCGACGCAAAGACAAAAGGACAUGCAAUCGAAAGCGACGAAAGAACGGGAAAAUAUAGUGAACCUAGACUUAACAUUUACCAAGUGCGUUGCCAAAAGAACAAUUGGAAUUGGAGUACCUUCUUACAAACUGGAAAUUUUUGGAUAACGACAAUAUAAAAAAGAUAAGUAGAAAAUUUUUUAUUUUUAUAUCUCAUUAUGCAUGUAUUUGAAAGGUACAAAUUUCUAUGCGGUUUGCGCUUCAUAAAACGGGAAGUAUUGCUUUUUGUUUUAACAAAAAUUGCUAAAAAAAUUCACAUUGCAUACUUAUCUUUAAUAUAAUGAAGGUUUCGUAGAAACUAAUUUAAUAAAAAAUAUUAUUUAGAAUGGCAACAUUUGUAUCUUGUUUUAAAUUUAACAAUUAAGCGUUCUUAAAUAUAAAUAGCAUUUUUAGAUGAAGGACGAAUUAAAAUUUUUUAAAGGCCAUAAAAUAUGAAAUUUAACUGACAUAUGCUUCAAUCCAAUAAGGAUUUAAAGUUUUUAUCAAGCCGCAUUAUUAACCGGGUUGAAUACUUCUGUAAGUUUUUAUUACUUACAAAGAGUGGUUGUUCGUGGAAUUCGUUUAAACCAAGUUUGCAACUAUUGUUUUUUUGUAUAACUACGAGUGAUAUUAACAAAUUGUUUUGCUAAAAUGUUUUAUUUAUCAUUUGUUUUGUUUUCCAUAAACAAGUAAUUAUUCAAUACUGCUUAAUUUUCUCCAUUUGAUUAAUUAAAAUUUCUUUCUUAAUACGUAAAACGUUAGAUAUUGUUUGUAUUGCAAUUACAGACGUUUAUUUUAUUAUAUUCUAACUAAAAUAAUAAUGAAUUAGCUUUCUAAUACUAUUAACUAUGCAGUAGUGAAUAUACACAAGAGUUAUUUUAAUUAUGAGUAAAAACAAUCUAUAGUAAACAUAUUGAAAAUAUGAAAAUAUAACGAAGCAUUAUACCUAUUGAAAAUGUUUAACAAUUUAUUUUCUUAGGAACUCAUUGUCCUUGUUGGAUGCAGCUAUUUAUUUAAUUCAAUUGAACUACGAAGAUUAAAUUCGUCGGUACCAUGUGUAGUUUACUGUAUAUCAUUAUAUAUUUUAUACAUUAAUUAAUUGCUUGGAUUAACAAUAUGUCUGCAAAUAGUAAAC